AUGUCUACCAUAAACUCGCAGGAGUCUGCGAACGUGCUGCGUAACUUCGUGAAGGUCGGAGUGUCCUCGAUUGCGUACCUGCGCAACCUGUUUGCGGAAUCUGUUUUCGAGGACACUGUUAUCGGCGGCCUCCAGCUUAAGCGCCUGACGCGCUCCGUCCCGGAGUCCGCAGCGCUGCUGGACUGGAUCGACGACGGGGUGUUCGACGCGAUGGGUAGGGAGUACCUGAAGCACCUGGUGGUGAGCAUUCACAACAGCGAACACCUUGCGCUAGAAACGUACACGUUCUCCCUGCAGUACGGCAAUGACGAGGACUCGUGCGACGGAGUCAGAAGCGAAUACUCCGUGCAGAUGUCCGUUGGCCACGGCCCCGUGGUGGAUGGUACAACGACGAGUGGCGGUGACAAUGGCGGCCGUUCUAUGAACGGCGGAUCGAAUCAUAGGACUUUGGACAAUGCUUCAGACGCCUCAGGUGGAUCAGGAGCGCAAGUGGAAACUGCACAUGCAGCCAAAGCUCCUACUACAACGAGCACCCUCCCGGGGUGCCUCGUUGUCAGCGCCGACAAGGAGGAGGUGAAGCGGCAGACUGUCAGGGUCCUCCGUGACCUCGUGCUGCUGGCACAGUCACUGUCGCCGCUACCCGAAAACCGCUAUCUGUCGAUGCGAUUGAUGUACUACGACGAGCGCGUGCCCGUGGACUACGAGCCGCAGCACUUCCGCAGCGCCUCUGCGGAGAGCUUCGGUGAGGCGGCGCUGAGCCUGGAACAGCAGGUUGGCGAGUUGGAAACCGGGCACCACAACCUGGCUGUGGAUGUGCGCAGCGUCUGUUACGUCGACGAGAACGUGACCAAUUACAAGAGCAGCGCACGGCCAUUCGACACGCUGACUCGUCGCACAUCCAUUAGUUGCGCCAAGCCGUCGGAGCCGCUGCAGAUUAGAGAUCCAGCUGCUGACAUCAGCCGACAACCCAGUGAUGCUGGCGCCUCGUAUGUGAGACUGCCACCGGGGUCAUCCGGCAGGGGUAACGGCGUGCAGGUGCCAGCACCGAGGCCUCCCGUAGGAAGCCGUAACAUAAUGCUGGGCCUCCUGAAGCGCAGCUACGAAGUCGCGCUGCGCACAAAAUUCAUCAGCAAGGAAUGUCUGACCGAGACAAUGGGUGUCGACGCCACGACAUCCAAGGCGCUGCUGAAGAAGAUGAUCGAGCACGGAUACAUCGAUUCGCGUUUCAUCAAAGGCAAAGGGUACAUGAGCCGAUGCUUCGAGUUGCCUCAGAAGGACAUGCGCCAACACCCUGCGCAGCAGCCGGCAAAACGCCCCAGGGCAGGCCCCGUAGCUUAG